AUGAACCGUGGCCAGGAGAAAUUCCUGGGCUCUGCUUGGACGCCGCGACGGUCAGGGGAUCAAGUGGUUCUGCGGCGGGGCGCUGAUCAACGAGCAGUGGAUAAUCACCGCCUCGCACUGUCUCGUGCGCGAGUUGAGAUUGUGCGUCUUGGUGAACAUAACUACAAUGACGAUUAUGACUCUGCGGAGCACGAGGACUAUGGCGUGGUAGAGAGUGUGCAAUACCCAGACUACAACUAUCCUGUGGCCUACCACGACCUGGCCCUCAUCAGGCUGGCCACAAGGGUCCCCUUGAAGGAGUACAUCAGCCCCGUGUGCCUGCCCUGGGGGAGGGAGAGCGACAAGGAUAUCACUGGCCAACUGGCAACGCUGACAGGCUGGGGCGAUACUCAGUUUCGUGGAUUCCCAAGCGCUAUUCUGCAGGAAGUUAACGUGACAGUGUUCCAGUCAUCCCAGUGUAACAGCAGCUACUCCAACUUGCCCCAUUAUACAUCCAGCUGGCCACGAGGCAUCGGAGAGGACAUCUUGUGUGCCGGAGACCCUGCCGGAGGCCGGGACGCUUGCCAGGGUGACUCCGGGGGACCUCUGGUAUCUCAAGACACCAGUGGACGUUUUGUGUUGGCGGCCAUUGUAUCGAAAGGCUACGGCUGUGGCCACAAGGACUACCCCGGCCUGUACGCCAACCUGCGAAACCCGCCCUACCUAGCCUGGAUCAAGAAGGUCGCGUUCGGCACUCAGUGAUGGCGCCAGACAGCAGUGUGGAGCAAGGAGAGGCUUCAAAGAUUUAACAGAUACCGAUUUCUGCCCUGAAUCGUGACAAAUGUUUUACGUGUUACCAAAACCUCUUUCAUUAAAAGAAAAAAAAAAAAAAAUCUUGAAAACCCAUAUUUUUCCACAGACUUCCCUCUCAUUGGCUCUGAUGGCUCAACAGUUGUCAAAGCUAUCUUUAAAGUUGCACUCAUCGCUUAAACCUAUCUCUCGAACAUUACAAUCUGGACGAUUCAGGGCAUAUUCCUCUUUUUCUUCCUCCCAUUGACUUCAUUAUGCCUAUUAUUAAAUUAAAACAGGUUUUCUAAUCCCUCCUUGACCUUGAUCCUCAGAUGGCUUGUGGACCCGCUGCAGGGAGUGCCUCCUAUUGUCCUUAAAAGCUGCCUCAUUGCUUACACCCUGCUUGAUCAAACUCUUUCGUCUCAGUAUUUCAACAUCUGUUUUUCCUACCUGCCAGAAAUACGCCUAAAUACAACCUGUGCCUAAAAAGAGCGACCGUUGAAAUCCCUUAAACAUCGUCCUGUAGCUUUGCUUUCUUGUCUGUCUAAAGCUUUUGAAAAAUCUUAACAGUAACGUUCUUGAGUAUCUAUCAAUUUUUAACCUUGUUUUUGUUACUAGUGGAAAUUUUGCAAAGGGCGUUCUACUGCUGAUCGCCUUAUUUCCCUAAUUGAUUCUUGGAAUCCUUUCUUGCUCGUUUUAAUGAAACUUUUGCUUUUGUCUAAGGUAUCCCGAAAGCUUUUGACUGAGUUUGCAACAAAUCUUUGCUCUCUCAAAACUGGCAUCCUAUACGAAUUCUAUUCCUUUUUUUCUGAACUUUUAUCUGCAAUCUCCUUUCAUGCCAAUCUGUCUUUGCUGUGGUAGACGGUCACUGGGCUACUCCUAAACCUAUCAACAGUAAUAUUCUAUAGGACUCUAUCUUCCACCCAAUUCCUUAAUAACCUUUCCAAAACAAACUUCUAUGCACUGCAACGAUGGCUAGGUAUUUAGCAUUACUCAACAUCUUUUAACACAAUCCCAUACCAGGAAGAAUUAGCGCUACAAACCGCUAACCUCUGACCUUGCUAUAAAUUCUGAAUGGGGCAGAAGGAGCUAGUUGUCCUUCAAUGCUUUUUAACCUCAAUUUCUCCACCUGAAAACUCGGACGCAACCUACCAAUUACUUACCCCUGUUCUUCGAUAACACUCAGCUGUCCCUUCUUCUAUACGAAACAUCCUCGGUCUAUCCUUAACUCAAAAUCCUAACUGUCAACUUCAUAUCUCAUCUCUUGCUAAGUUGGCUUUCUCGGCCGUAUCGUUUGCCACCACACCAGUGUUUUCCCCCUCCCAGAUUACAAGGGCUUGUCCGCCCUCGUAUGAACUAUGCAUCACAUGUAUAGAAGUUCCACACACCCAACCAUUUUGGACAGAAUAAGAUUUUUUUUUUUUGCCUCACCAGCUCUCCUCUUAUUGACAGUAUUCUAUAUCUUAGAUUCCGCCGCUGUGUUGCCUCUCUUUCUAUAUCAUAUAGAUAUUUUCUUGGUGACUACUUUUCUGAACUUCCAAACUGAAAUCCUUCUCCCUCCUGAGGCAACGCUGCACACAACAUUCUACUCUAGUUCAUCCUUAUGGUAUCUUAUGCAUGCUUUAUGAAAGAGUUAACCAAUAUCUUUAUUUUCUUAUCACUUUUGCUGGUACACUCUGGAACUGUCUUCCUUGGUCAGUAUUUUCUCCUGCCUACGACUUGAUAUCUUCCAAUAGGGAAGCAUUAAUACACCUCGCGAAUUUUGGCGCCCUCUUUUGGCUACACAGAUGAUUUUUUUCUUAAUGAAGCAGCACUUAGCGGGAUAUUUUAUUCAUUGUUUUCCCCUUCAGGAGGUACCGAGGUCAAAAAGAAAAAGAACCAAAAAAAAAGUUUUUUCAUUUAAGACUUACAAUUUUCAGGAUAUGUUCUGGGCAUGUUUCCCUUUACUGCGUAUGCACAGAGACAUGUUUCAUGUGCGACAUCAAAUUUAUGACAUCAUGCCGGACAUUUAUUGAAAAUGCUGUAGCGGUCUUCCGUACACUUAUUUGUCCCCUCAUUAUCAUUAUCAAUAAAUACACCUG